AUGGAGCUAGAAAUGCCUUUUCGAAUCAUAAACAUCCUCAAGGAUUCUGAUCAUGUUCAUGAUCAGCUUUCUAGUACUAACCACUGGCCAACCACAUGCAGAUAUCGCUUUGCUGGCCUAAUAUCAAAAGAACAAGCGAUCAUAUUGCCUCGCGCGUCAAUUUCGGAGAAGAAGGAGGAGGAGGAGGAGGAGGAGGAGGAGAAGAAGGAGGAGAAAAGGCUUGAGAGAUGCCAUGCAAUGCAUAAGCGGAAGGUGUUCAAGAAGACUGAGGUUUACAUAUGGAGUUCUGCAGAUUGA